UUUCCUCCUCAUCUCUUGGUUUCAACACAAAGAGGCAGAGUUCUAGCAACAGACAUGGCUUUCCACCAAAGAUCAAUUAGCUUGCCUUCAAGGCCUCUCUCCAAGGUUGAAGAUGAGUUGCACAGCAUAGAGGCAUGUGUCUCAUCACCCUCCAAGACCAUCGAGAUGAUCUCUGAUGGUUUGAGGAGGCUUGGUGAUAUAUAUAGCUCCAUUGAGGAGAUCAUGUGCCUACCUAGCAACCAAGUUUGCUCAUCACAGCAAAGGAAGUUGUUUGACAGAGAGAUGGAAUGCUCCCUUGAGCUACUAGAUCUCUGCAACGCUAUGAACGAGGUCUUCACCGAGUUGAAGUCCAUCAUCCAAGAUCUGCAAGUGUCUCUCAGAAAAGGAGAUGAUGCAGUUGUUCAAGCCAAGAUCCUGUCAUACAUCCGGCUGGUGAAGAAGGCAAAGAAGCAUUCCAAGAAGACUGUGAAGAAGGUUGCCUCAGACAUGGAGGACUCCAAGAAGGUCAAGCUGUUGAGCAACGCUAGACAGAUCACUACCUCUCUAUUUGAAUCAACACUGGACCUCUUGUCAAAGCAAAUUGUGUUGCCAAAAUUGUCUCUCAUCUCCAAGGCGUUCCAGAAGAAGAACUCGGUGAUCUGCAAUGAGGAGCAGUUGCAGGCAUUAGAGUGCUGCAUCGGAGAUCUUGAGGCUGGAGCAGUACUUCUGUUCAGGAGAUUGGUCCAGAGCAGGGUUACUCUCCUCAACAUUCUUAGCUCAUAGAUGAGUCAAGAUCUGACACUCUUAAGACCCUGCGAUCGGCAUCUGUCUUUUAAAGGAUUUGCUGAUCCUUCCCAUUUGUAUAUGUUAUAGGCUCACUGUACAGAAAAGAAAACACACAUGAAAGAGACAAAAUUUUGAUCUAA